AUGACCGGGCAACAAAUAUGCCUAAAAUGGAACAGUUUUCAGUCGAAUAUAGUGACGUGUUUUGAAACGCUGUGGGAGGAGGAGGGCCUAGUGGACUGCACAUUGGCAAGUGAAGGACAGUGCAUUAGGGCGCACAAAGUCAUCCUAUCAGCGUGCAGCCCUUUCUUUAGACGCAUUUUUGAAACAAAUCCAUGCCAACACCCUGUCAUCAUACUUCAAGAUGUUCAAUUCACAGAUCUGGAAGCUCUGCUUUGUUUUGUGUACAAGGGCGAGGUUAACAUAGACCAGGAUGACCUGCCAGCUCUUCUUAAAGCAGCCGAGUCGUUGCAAAUUCGUGGCCUAUGCACAGCGAGCACUCAAGGGAAAGUGAAACAUUCCUUGAUUCCAUCGGACAGUGGUCCUCCGUCUAAGAAAAAGAGGCCUUCCUCAGCUUGCUCAUCACUACCUCCGCCAUCUGCAGCUCUUCCUGUACAAUCAGCCACUCACCGAUCCAAAAGUUGUAGCCAUGAAGAGAGCGAAGAGCGAUCGUCGUCACCCCAAGCAGCAGUUAUCCCAAAAAUGGAGCCAAGCAGUGACACAAACUGUGAUGACUCAGAGUCGCUGGCCAGUUUGCCUCUUGAGGAGUCGAUGGAUGAAGGCACUCCUGAAGAGCUGCAAAAAAUGAUGCAGCGGCAAGGGGAGAAACUGUCUUUGGCAGAGAUAAACCAACUAAAAGGGGACGACACUGACUCGGCGCCGGUCGACUCAAAAGUGCUGGCGCCGUGCCAGACCGAGGACAACACGGAGGACGCAGCCUACGAGAGCCUUCCGUACGCUUGCCUGCUGCCAAGCAAGGAGAUCCUGGCCACCUGGGCCACCGGCCGAACGCUUGAGCAGCUUGGCUGCGACCUCAUGAAGCUGCUCUUCACCACCGAGGAGCGGCUACUGUGCAAUGUGAACGGCAAGAUGGGCAAGCGGCAGUUUAACACUCACAAAAUUCAACUCAUCAGAGAGGUGCUCAACCACUUUAGUGGCAUGACGCCGGCCGAGUUUGACGAGCAGUGGAAAAGUUGUGUCACAAAAAUCGACACGGCCAACCGUGGGCUGAAACGGAAUCUGGUGUUGAAAGGGCGGAAGACGCCGUUCCUCUUAUAGUUGUAGAUAAGAUGUCGCUGUGAUGUAAGCCGUAGUGAAAGUCUAAUUUAUAUUCGGGCUUUUGCAGAGCCUUGGCCGACAUAAAUUCGCGACACUCCCUAAAUUUUGUAUUUUCAGCAGUUCCUUUUUUACUCAGGCUUCGUUUCCACGAAAGCGAAGACAAAUACCUCAAGGCUCUGUGAAUAAGCCGUGCCCUGAUUGAUUUUUAUUUUGAGUUGACUAAUGAUAUUCACACCAUAAUUCAUAUUAUAUAAUUAUAGUGCCAAUAAUGAUAUAAUCAUUCGUGGUUGAUGUGUGUAUACGAGUGGGAAAAAGUUGUGAGUGGCUUCAAAAAGACGCUGUUUGUUUGCAAAGCAUGUUGUAAAAGGUGUUUAUAGAGAGUAACUGCAAACAGGGGUAUUUUGUGUACUGAUUUUUAUAAGUGUUACUAGAGGUGAGAUAAUAUUUUAGAAGCAAUAUACAUUAUACAACACAUUGACCGUUAAACACUGCUGUAUAUCGUGUAUAUGUGUGUGUUUAGGAAGAAAAACAACAAACAUUACCAUAAACCGUUUAGAAGAAAAUCUGAUGCAACAAUUUGCUGACAGAACGAGCUCAAAGUUAAUUUUUGUUCCACAUAUGAUGAGCCAUAUUAAUUAUAACAUAUUUAACUGAAUUGUUGCUGUUAAAUAUGACGUUGUUUUUUGGAAAGCUGAAAAUUAAAUGUUAAACAGUGACAACAAUUGUUGCUAAUUGGCUACGAAGCAGAGUGCAUCAAUUUUAACAAUAAAUCAACUGUAAAUGUUGGCUGUGUUAAUAAAUGUCUUAGAAAUUGCUUGUGAUGUCGUUAGCCAAUCAAAAUAAAACCGCAAGAGAUCUCAAGUAAACAAAAUGAGAAUGAUAUUAAUAACCUGUAAUUGAAGAGCUGAAUGUCGCGUUACAGAUUAAAGAGAACGAUUCCUAAUCAACUAGCCACUGAAAAUGAGCCUAACUCGCAUUUUAGCAGUGAGUGUUUCAGAAAAGGUGUUGGUGUCCAUACGCCUGCCAGAAAACCGAACAAAAUGCUUAGAAUGUGUGUUAAAAUUGCUGACGCAAACAACCCUUUUAGAAAGUGCAAUGUACAAAAAUUUAUGUCAAUACGUAAACAAAGAGAAAUAAACCAUCCAGUUAAUAAGUAAGCAAA